AUGCACUCUACGCACAAGAAGAUCAAGGUUAGCAUAAGGCUGAGGCCUUCGGAAGGAGAGGGAGAUAUAUGGCGGACGUCUGACGAUGGCCUGUGGCAUGUCCAUGGACAGAAGAGAGUGGUGUACAGCGGAUUCAGAAGCGUCCUGUCUGGGAUGACGAACGCAGAGGUCUACAAGCUGUGUGUAAAAGAAGAGAUCCAGAAGUUCCUGGGAGAAGAGAACUGCACGGUGUUUGCAUAUGGGCAGACGGGGUCUGGAAAGACAUACACAAUGUUGGGAGGGGACGAGGAGGGGAUCAUGAAGCUGGCCAUCCGGGACAUCCUGAGCAGGAGGCCCGUGGGGAUAUCGUACCUGGAAAUCUACAACGAAAAGCUUUUUGAUCUUUCAAGUUGCAAUGAGGUGCAGAUGUUCAGUGUUGGGAACAGAAAUGUGAUUUCGAACCUAUGGGUUGAGCAUGUAAGCAACUGGGAGGAUGCGGCGCCUUUUAUCGAGAGGUGCGAGAAAAACAGAAGGCUUGGAACCACGGAGUUUAACACAAAAAGCAGCAGAUCGCACACAGUGAUACAGGUAACGUAUAGUAGUAACAGCACGGUCAGGACGCUGAACAUGAUAGACCUUGCUGGAAGCGAAAGAGCAAGCAGGUCAACAGACAGGAGGAGAGAGGGCUCGUUUAUCAACAAAAGCCUUCUUGCUCUUUGCACGGUGAUCAACAGCAUAGGGAAUGGAAAGUACUUGGGGUUUCGGAACUCCAAGCUGACCCGGGUGCUCCAGCCAUCGUUGGACGGGAGCACGAACCUUGUUGCAAUCUGCACGCUGUCACCGCACGAGGACUGCAUCGAAGAGUCUGUGAGCACGCUGAAGUUUGCGGCAAGGCUGUGCAGCCUUGAGCUGAAGAUUGAGGAGACCCUGAUACCCGGCAGCGAAAACAUGGGGCAUGGAGACGUCUUCAUUGAGAGGAGCUCCGGACACGGAUUGAAACACAGAUGCUGCAAAGGGUUUCAUCCUGAACGCCCUAAAGAGACAGGAGGUGUUUUGGACAAGAUGGAAUCCAUGACUCUCGAAAAGUGUUUUGGGUCUUACGGGCUUGAGGAUGUGAAGAGUAAGGAGGAGCCUCCUGGGUGUGGGGCGCUGUGCAGCGAGAAAGACUCGAUGAGCCAGGUGCUCAAGGCGCUUGGAUCGGUUAUCAUCGAGAGUCUUCAAUGCAAAGUUGAGCUUCUGGAGGAGCUGAAUGCAAUAGGGAACGAUAGAAUACACUUACUAGAGAAGAUGGUGGAGGAGCUGCUUGACAAGAGUCCGUCCCGGAGGAUGAGCGAGAUAUUCAUACUGGAGAAGUACAGAUUCAACCUCCGUAGAAAGAUGGUUGGGAGAAAGUGA